AAAUAGUAAAAUACCCAAAAAUAUAAAAAAUCUUCAAAGUGCGCGCAAAAGGGAAGCGAAAAAACAGAUUUCUGCAGUGUCACGCUGAAGCGUGAGACCGAAAAGUUGCAUUUGAUUUGAUCAUGAUAUGAUGCAUCAAAUUGUGUUACCUUUUGUGCGUACUUUAUCUGAGCAACAGGUACUUAAGGCGGUUAAAUUUAUAGAGCGGGAGAGUCAGGAGAGAUACCUCUACGAUGGCCAAAUCAACAUGCUCCACAAUCUUCGGAAGUUUGAGAUAGAGCCCUUCGUCCUCAUUCUGGACAAAUUCCAUGUCAAAUGGGAUUGGCACGGGAAGUGGAAGGUGCUGGCCAUCGCAGGUUUCAACCUCGAUGGCUCCAAUUUCAAUUACCUGCACAUGAAGCUGGCCAUGGUUGAGGAUAAGAUAAUGGGAUCUGAGGAGAUAGAUGACAGUCUAUCCAUGGUGCUGGAGGCCAUAAAACGGCAUGGGUACUCCAACCGGCUGAUGGGCAUCAUAUCUGCUGGAUGCCCCGCCAAUUUGCUGACGAGAGUGAGCGCCGCCAGGGAGUACCCAGUACUUUGGGAUAUCGUACAUCUGCGGAAGAUUUUGGCAAAAUAUCGCGUUGUCGACAGAGUACUGAGCCCCGUUUACAAUUUUCAUUUCACUGCGGCAAAAUGGCGGGAUACGGAGUUCCCACCGGUGCGCGUGGAUUUCCAGAACCGGAUUGCAGAGGAUCUUACACAGUUGAAGCAUCUUAUUGCACGUGUUUGUUCCUAUCCUUUCCUACCAUUCACCACACUGAACCGACUCAAUAGCACCGACCUGGAGCUAUCCGGCCUUGCCAUAACGGCUAUGGUGACCGACAUUAUAUCAGAUAUGUCGAUGGAGGGUCGUCGAAUGUUCAAAUUAAGUCCAUACAAGUUUAUGGCAACACUCGUGGGAGUCUCGGUGUUGGAUACUCCCAACCCGGAUGGAGUCCACCCCGGAUAGGAUAGGAUAGGUAUCCUAUCUCAUCUCCUAUAUAAGAGAUAUAUGUACAUUGAAAAAAAAUAUAUAUACACAGUGGCGUUGAAUUUU